AUGGCUUCAGGAACAGCGCUGAUCUAUGAUGAGGAGAUGACUACUCACAAACUACUUUGGAGUGAUCCUGUUUGUGAUAUUGAAGUGCCAGAAAGACUUUCAUCCUCCUAUGAGCAGCUUAAACGUUACCAGCUUGUGGAAAGAUGUGUCCAUGUGCCUGCCAGAGAAGGAAGCGAGGAGGAGAUCCUGUUGGUUCACAGUUCAGAACACUUGGAAGUGGCAAAAAGCACCCAGACAAUGAAUGAAGAGGAACUGAAAAGAGUCUCUGGAAAUUAUGAUGCUUUUUUCUUUCAUCCGAACACUUACCGCUGUGCCAGACUAGCAGUAGGAGCAACUUUGCAGCUGGUGGAUGCUGUGAUGUCAGGAGAAGUGUGCAAUGGAAUGGCUUUAGUGAGACCUCCAGGUCACCACAGCCAGAGAAAUGCAGCUAAUGGGUUCUGUUUGUUCAACAAUGUUGCUAUUGCAGCAGAAUAUGCAAAACUGAAAUAUGGUCUACAGAGAAUCCUAAUUGUUGACUGGGAUGUGCACCACGGGCAAGGAACUCAAUAUAUAUUUGAAGAGGAUCCAAGUGUUCUGUAUUUUUCCUGGCAUCGCUAUGAACAUCAGGAAUUCUGGCCGUCACUCAGAGAAUCUGAAUAUGAUGCUGUGGGUCUGGGAAAAGGAGAAGGUUUUAACAUAAAUUUGCCUUGGAAUAAGGUUGGGAUGGGAAAUUCAGAUUAUCUUGCUGCAUUUUUCCAUGUGUUGCUUCCGAUGUCUUUUGAGUUUGAUCCUGAACUGGUUAUUGUCUCUUCUGGAUAUGAUUCUGGAAUUGGAGACCCUGAAGGUCAGAUGAAUGCCACUCCUGAGGUUUUUGCCCACCUUACCCAUUUCCUGAUGCAGUUAGCUAAUGGAAAGCUGUGUGUCAUCCUAGAGGGUGGCUACCACUUGAAGUCAUUGUCUGAAUCAGUCUGCAUGACUGUAAAAACUUUGCUUGGAGAUCCUGUACCUCAAAUAACUGGAGAAAUGGCACCUUGCUUAAGUGCUGUUGAAUCUAUUCAAAAUGUGAGAGCAGCACAUAAACCCUACUGGAAAUGGUUGAUGUAUGAAGUGCCUCCCAUCAAAACAGCAACAACAUCUAAAGGUUUAGCACAUUUGCUCCCUGUACCCGUUCAUUUGGUGAAGGAAAUGGACAAAAAUGAAAUAAAAGCUCUUGUCAGUGACUUUUACACAGAUCUUGUGAAAGAGGACAGAACUUUGCUCUCUCUUGGCAGUACAUUGACCAUCCUAGACAAAAUGCUUAAGAAGGAGGUAUGCAAUGGAAUUGCAGAAUCACCCACAGCUGCUGUUUCUGUUGCCGUUGCGCUAAGACAUUCUGUUUGUUUUGGAUUUCAAAGAGUGCUUUGUGUGUUUGUUGGAGACAUGCAAAUCAUACCAAACACAAAAGAUGGAAAAAUACUCAUGAUACAUAUUUGUGAGAAAGAACAGUCUGGAAAGACCAGCUCCAAACACUAUAUUUCUCUAAACUGGAAAGAGGAUGCUGAAGGAAAUGACUUCUUUUCUGCUGUACUUGGAUUCAUUCUUCCUGUAGCAUACAGUUAUCAACCUAACUUGACAGUAAUAGCUGUUGGACCAAACAGGAGCCUUGGAAUAAGUGGGAUUUCUCUGCUUUUUGCUUUACUACGAGGAUUAGCAGAGUCUCGAAUUUUUGCAGUGAUUGAGGACACAGAGAUAAACUUAAUGCAAAGUGUAGCCAAAGCAUUAGUGAGUGCUUCUACACCUCACUUUGGAGUUUAUGUACCUCCUACCCAAGAAAAAGUAAACAAAAUAAAAAUAUUAAGAGAAAAAAAGCAGGAAUGGAAGAUGCUUCAGUGUUCAGAGGGAAAAACGUGUACUCUUGGUAGAAUUAGUUUGCAAAUACCGUGCGAAGACGGCAGUUCCAUUCUGCGGCUGGGGACGCAGUACGAGCGUGGUUCAUCGCCUUCUGGCAGUAGCGUGUCGCUUCUUAUAAA